CUCUGUUUUAAUUAUAUCUCACAACUACUACCUUCUCUCGCUCUCCACACUCCUCGUUUCCUCCGAACAAGCCCUUUUCUCUCUUCAAGCCUUUUUCACAGGUCUUGAAGAGCCUAAAUUUUGAUCUUUUUUUGGUUCUUGUUUGUUCAUAAAUGGCUAAGGUCUACACUUUGGCUGAGGUCUCCCAGCACAACAGCGCUAAGGAUUGUUGGUUGGUUAUUAGUGGCAAGGUAUAUGAUGUGACAAAAUUCUUGGAUGACCACCCUGGAGGUGAUGAGGUUCUGAUAUCUUCAACUGGAAAGGAUGCGACUGAUGAUUUUGAGGAUGUUGGCCACAGCAGCAGUGCUCGAGCAAUGUUGGAUGAGUACUAUGUAGGUGAUAUUGAUUCAGCAACCAUUCCGACCAAAACCAAGUAUACUCCUCCCAAGCAGCCUCAGUACAACCAGGACAAAACAUCAGAGUUCGUCGUCAAGCUCCUCCAGUUCUUAGUUCCCCUGAUUAUUUUGGGUGUGGCUUUUGGCAUCCGCUUCUAUACCAAACAGUCAGCAGCUUGAAGAUGGAGUUCAUGGGGAAUACAUAGUAAGUGUGGAAGAGAGAAAGCCAAAAAAAAUUUAGGGGUGGGGGAGGCUCUUCGUCAUCUGAGCAAGUCUUGUUUAAGUUAUGGGGAUAGUAAGAAACUCUCUUUUGUAGUGAUGAACCCUUUCUCAGAUUAGAUAUGGUCUUCUUUUAGUGGUACUCUUAAGAUUUUUUGUUUCUGCAGUUGAUAGUCUCUGCAAAUUGAAUUCCCUGUUUGGGUAUUGAUUUAUUAGGAUAUUUCCUUUUUAUUUGGCAUGCCUA